GUGAGUUGCCAAAGUCAACACUGGACAAAUAUAUAAAGAGCUAAUUCGUAGCAAAUCCAUUUUUUCGUCCAUUACUCACAAUUACCGUGUCAGCUGUGUUCAUUUCCAAAAAGAGAAAAACAUCGUAGGAUAUCACACGUAUUCUUUGCACGGUGCUUGAUAAUGUUCAAGGGCUUCGUUUAUCUUGGUUUACUUCUACAAUUUUCAAAAGAACCAAAUAUACUGGCAUUUCAACCGAUCACGGAACCCAACCAUGUUUUGGUCGACCAUGUUUUUCAACAGUUAUUCGGCAGAGACUGGUUCAACUGUAUUCAGGCCUGUCAUGAUGAACCAAGAUGCAUCUCGUACAACUACGAGAGAUCAGCAGGCACCAAUGGUCUGUGUGAACUGAAUGACUGUGGAGUUGAAAGCUUGUGCGACAGACACAGCUUCCUUAUAUACUCGAAGGGUUUUGUUUUUCAGCAGAUAAGGGAAAGCAAGGACAAGACGAUCUGUACUUUGGCUGAAAAAAUAUCGUCUACGAAGCAGUUAUCAGGAAAUACCCAAGAACCAGUUCAAGGCAGUAGGUCACAUUAUGGGACCUGGGGCGAGUGCUCUGCGACUUGUGGAGGAGGUAUCAGGAUGAGGACUCGUACUUGUUCCACGGCAUCCUGUGAAGGAAACACGGAAGAGACUGGAGAAUGCAAUGUUCAUUCUUGUGACGGACCCAGUGCCCCUCCUAACUCUCUUAGAGCAGUUAACAGAACUAUGCACAGCAUCGGUGUCAAGUGGGAUGAAGUGCCACAGGACCAUCGAAAUGGCGGUAUCACGAGUUAUACCAUCAGUUACCAUUCCGACACGUCUUCAGAACCACACCAAAAAAUGGUUUUACAUGCUCCCACACGUUUUGCAAACCUCAUUCAUCUUUCAAAGAAUACAAGCUACACCAUUACAGUUCUGGCCUCUAACAACGAGGGACCUGGACCUGCCAGUGAUCCUAUUGUUGUAGCGACAAGUGAUGGAAGUGCCUUCCAGUGUCCCUUGGGAAAUGGUGAUUUCUGGCUCGACCCGAACAGUUGUUUUCGUUACUAUCGGUGUAACAAUAGCCAAUCUGUUGUUCAUGGAAACUGCCCCGCAGGCACAGAAUUUAAACAUUCAGUGCUCGGCGGUCGUUGUGGUUAUCUUACAAAACCCUACUGCCAUUUAAAGUAAUAAUAAUAAUAAUAAUAAUAAUAACAAUAA